AUGAACAUAUUCUCAUCACCCGAUCCCGCUGUUAAAAAGCUAUUAGGCUGGAAAUUGGGAGAUGAAGAAGAUAGAUGGGCAUUGAAAGCUGUAGACUCUUUGGUAAAGAAGAUGCGGAAGCGGAAGAAUCAUUGCUAUGGCACUGUUGAAGAUUUGGAGCUCAAAACAAGUGAAGAUUGUCUCUUUCCAUAUGAUGCACGAAGUGAACAGAUAUGUAUUAAUCCCUAUCAUUAUCAUCGAGUGGAUCAACCAAAUACAGGAAAAAUAGAACUGAGCAACAAAAUGUCCUUGCUCUCCAGCACUCCUCAACUUCCUCCCCCAAAUUCGCUUUCUUCUUUGCUUGGAUCAAAAAGUGCUGUAUGUGGCUGUGCUUCAUCCUCCUCCUGCUCUUCCUCUUCUUCGUAUUCUUCAUCCUUUUCAUCUUCAUUCUCUACUGGACAGCCUAAUUCCACCUUACAAAAUCACCAACAGGGAGGGCAUUUGCAGCAAAUUGGUCAUUUCCAUCUCUCACCUUCUGCACUCAGCGAUGACGAUGAUUAUUUGUCCCAAUUAGUACCUACAAUAUCCUCGCAUUCCAUAAUCGCUAAAAAUACUUAUGCUCGUCCACAACCUGUUUAUUGGUGUUCCAUUUGUUACUAUGAACUAAAUACAAGAGUAGGGGAGCCGUUCAAGGUCUCCGUUAAUACGGUAGUAAUAGAUGGAUUUACUGAUCCUUCAAGCAUUUGUCUUGGUCUCCUUUCAAAUGUCAACAGAAAUUUUACGAUUGAGAAUACACGUCGUCAUAUUGGAAUGGGAAUUCGGCUUAGUUGUACCGAUAAUGGAGUAUUACUGUUCAAUCAAUCCGAUUCGGCCGUAUUUGUACAAUCGAGGAAUGCAAAUUUCAAGUACGGGUUGCAGGCGACAGCAGUUUGUCGCGUGCCUCCUGGCGGGGCAUCAAUGGCAAAAAGUGAUGGAUAUCAACACGUUUAUGAAUUACAAAAAAUGUGCUUUGUAAGACUUUCGUUUGUAAAGGGUUGGGGAGCAGAUUAUCACAGGCAGGAUGUUACAUCGACUCCUUGUUGGCUUGAAUUACAAUUACAUCAACCAAUGGCGUGGGUUGAUAUGGCAUUGUCAGAUUUGGAACCGCCAGAUCAUAGAGGGAUCACUUCUGUCUCUUGA